AUGAAAUUCCAUCAAAUAGACUGUUUUAAUAUAAACAUGAGGUUUUUCAAAUUCCUUGCCAUUUGGCCGGGUAACAAUCCGUGCCGUUAUUACAACUACUAUAGUAAAGCAUUCAUUAUGUUCUUUGUUAUUAUCUUCUAUUUACUGUUUUCCAUUAACUUUUAUUUUCUACCUAGACAAUUGGAUAUUUUUAUUGAAGAAAUGAUAUUUUAUUUCACUGACCUCGCUGUAACAUCUAAAGUUUUGACCUUCGUUUUAAUGCAUGACCAAAUAAUUGAGAUCUUAGAUGUACUCGAAUGCGAAGUUUUUCAACCAGACGACGAUGAAGGUUCGAUUAUUUUGGAAAAAGCUAAGAAGUUUAACAAGUCUUAUUGGAAGAUUGUCAUGAGCGUUUCGUACCUUUCUAGCUUGGUACACAUUCUGUCUCCAUUGAUCAGCCAUUUAAUUUUGAACGUAGAAUUGCUGUUGCCUGUCUGUCGUUACGCUUUCAUCUCUGAUGAGUACAGAUUGAUGUUCAUUUAUCCUAUUUAUCUGUAUCAAAGUGCAUCUAUACAUUUUCAUAUGUUGUACAAUGUGAAUGUAGACUCAUUCUUUCUCGGCUUGAUGGUGCUGGCUAUAGCACAGUUAGAUAUCCUUGACACAAAGUUAAGGAAAGUUACAGAUGACUAUAAAAUUGAAGAAGCUGACGCAGAUGUUUCAAGGCUACGGACGGAUAGUAGAAAUAAAGAAGACGUCAUGAAAAUGAAUCAAUGCAUCAUACAUUUUAUUAAAGUGUGCAGAUUUUGUGAGCUCGUUAAAGAUGUAUUCAGUGUGACACUAUUUGUGCAAUUCGGUGCAGCUUCAUGCAUUAUAUGCGUGUGCUUGUUGAGAUUUACUAUGCCUGCACCAAUGGGCUAUUACAUAUUUUUGGGUACUUACAUGUCCGUGAUGAUUUUACAAAUAAUGGCACCUUGUUGGCUUGGUACUCGUAUUAUGGUUAAGAGUCAGCUGCUUGCAUUCUCUGUUUACAAUUGCGACUGGACAUCUCGAUCGCGGCAGUUCAAGAGCAACAUGCGUUUCUUUGUGGACAGGGCUAACAAACCUCUCUCUAUUACUGGCGGCAAAAUGUUCAAGUUAUCAUUGGACACGUUUACUUCUAUUAUAAACUCAGCUUAUUCAUUCUUUACUCUUCUCCAGCACUUUCAAAAAGAAAAAUAACUUUUUGUCUCUACUUAGAAAACAAAACCAAUAUCUUCGCUUCUAAUGAUGAUGAUGAUGACGAAUAUCACUAGGAUAAAGUCAUCCCUUUUUCUUCUUCUUUGUAUAUAAAAUGUUGACUCAUAGAACGUUCAAUGACAUGUUUUACCAUAAUGCACCUUAGGUUCAUUAAUUAUAAUUUAAAUUACCCAGUCGUUCUCAAAGUUAGAGACAUUAGGCAUAGCCUGCUGUGUAUUUAGAUUGACGUCGUUUGAUAUUAAAAUUAGUUUAUGUUUAAGAUUGAUUACCUUUCAUACCGAAUAACUUAAUUAAGGCAAAUGUACACAAUGUUUCAUUUAUGAUCUGAAUACUUAAUUUUUA